AUGUCAUACUACAAUGAACCUACAUGGCCCGCUCCUGGUCGCCAGCCCUCGUGGGAACAGCCUCAGCCACCGUCGCGCUCUGGCAACAGUUCCACCGUGAACAGGGACGAGGCAUUGGCAUUCGUAGCCCAAUUCGAUGAGGUCGAGCGUGCAGCGGACAAUCUCACCAAGAGUGGAAAAUUCUGGUCCCCCCAGCAACCGCAGCAGCAGCAGCAGCAACAGCAACCAGGAGGUGCUGGCCGUCGUGAGUCGAUGCCCAUGAUGGGUCCCCGUCCGUACCCCGACCAUGGUCCUCAGCGUCACCACUCCGUAAGCGACUACGAGGGAAUGCGGUCGCACUCAAACUCUAACGUUCAGGGCUUCUACCAGAACCAGCGCUAUGCGCCCCGUCCCAACGACGCCGACCAGAUGGCCCAGGCAAAGCGCCGCAUGGCGGCUCAGCGUGAGCGGGAGCUGCGCAAUUAUCAUCAGGAGCAGCAGUACCACAGAAAUGUUUCUGGGUCCAAAUCCGACCGUUCCAUGAGUCCCAACGCCAUGAGUGAAGAGGAGCGUCGUGAGCUUAUUGCUCGUCAACACCGUGCUCUAUACGGCGACCAGUCGUCCCUGUACAAUACCAACAAUCCCACCUCCAGCCAGGACGUUCGAGUCCAAACCUCUGGUUCCGGCCGAGGCCCUUCCCCACUGGCCUUUGAUCCGUUCGGCAUGCAGGCUCAGAAUGGCUCCAACGAAGGUUCCGUUCAGAUGCCCUCUAGGGAUAAGGAUGUGGCCGGUGGUGCUCAGGAGGCCCGUGCCAAUAGCAAUUCAUCCCCAUCCUCGACCCAGAACCCAGCCUUUAACCUGUUUGAGAACGCGCAGCAGGCUAAUCGUACUUCGAACUCCUCCCCCGGCGGUUCGCCGCCGCGUCAGGGCUCGAAGUCUAACAGCUCCAGCGUUGCUCCCAUCGGAACCAGGCCAGCCUCCAACCAGAGCCAGCCCGCCGGUGCUCCGUUGAGCAAACGUGCGACCACCCCGUUGCCGUCGCCGCUCAGCUACUCGUACAAUGCCAGUGAGCAGACGGCCACCACGUCUGCUUCGUUGAAUCCAUCGUCCACGGUUACGGACAAGGGUCCCAUCUGGGGCAACAAGACUGGCGUCUGGGGAAACGCUCCCUCUCAGGGCGUCCAGGCCUCCGUCUGGGGUUAG